AUUCAAAUGAAAACCUGAAAAAGUCAUUGUGACACUUAAAAAUGGUAACGUCAAUUUUAAAUUCAAUUGUCAACACCACACAAACAUCACAUCAUUCCAAAUUUUGGUUUAUGUGUGUUUUGUGCUGCUCGUGUUUUGUGUGUAUUUUAAUUUUAGAAAAAUGCCCAAAUAAUUGAUAAUUUCAUACGUCACCGUUGCCGCAGUUACCGGCCACCGAAAUACACCUAAACAAAGAUUUUAUUAGUUCGGAGAAGUGGACGGGUUUUUAUUCCGGUCCAAUGUAUAAUAAUUCGACGCCUCAAUAUCCCCCUCCUGGAUACGAUAAUACCUAUCAGUAUCAAUAUGGGACCAAUUACGGAUAUCCGGGAUAUGGAUAUCAGAAUCAAGGAGUUCUACCACCAGGAGACACUACUUAUACCCAUCAAGGUGGUGGUGGUUGGACCCAGCAGGGAGGUUAUACCACUGCUCAACAACAUCAGCAACCCGAACCCAAAAUGGAAGUUGUUCAAGAGAUGCAACAGCAAAAGGCUACUCUAACCAAACAAAGAGAGGAUUAUGUGAAAAAGGCCCUGGUGCUGCACAGAGAGCUCGAUCAGUUGAAGCAGCAAAAGCAAGAGCUGGCCAGCAACGAGCGCUCUGAAAAAGAGCACAGGUCUGUUCUGAAGGAAAACGAUAGAUUGCAGGAUGAAAUCAACAGUAAACUGAAAGCAAUAAUGAACGUCAUCGAAAUGCUGUCUAGCAUUAUAAAAGACGGUAAAAAGUUGGCGGAUCUCGAAGCCGAUCUGCGCAAGCCCAAAGAAGAGCCCCAGGUUCAGAAAAUUGACGACAGUAGUAAUGCUCGGUCGCCUCAAGUGGACGCUGCGAAAGAGUGGGCUCAUCAUAACAACCGUUCCGAGAAGGAAUCUUCUAGGAAUGAGAAAUCUGAUUCUUACAAAAAAGACAGAUUUUCGUACAUCUACUACGACACCGGUUUGCACUGGUGCCGCGCCUGCGACAAAUUUCCGGAAACGGCGAAAGACUUUUUGCAACACUUGCACGCCGAAGAGCACCAGGAAAAGGCGAAAGAGAACGAGGUGGAUACCACUCCAUGGCACAAAUUGCCUAUAGAGCCUCUGUUGCCCAGUUACGAUGAAGCUCCCAAAAAACGGAUACCAAUCAAAGGGUUGCAAUUUUUUAUAUCGGCCCCUUCGUGGUACUGCAAACUUUGUGACGUUUGGAUUGGAGAUUUGCACUGCGCCUCGCACCAUUUGAAGUCUCAGGCUCAUUUUCAUAAUUAUGAGAAUUUCGUGAAUGAAAAUCCUCAGUGGGAAACCCAGUGGCUGAAGGACCGCGAGAUGGCGCGCGCGCGCAACGACAAAAACGAGGGCGACUCCAGCGAUUCGGACCAAGACCGCAAAAAGAAGAAAAAAAGGCGCAGGAGGUCGUCCGAUGAAAGUUUGUCAAAAGAUAAGAAAAAGAAGAAGCGUUCGAAAAAGAAGAAGAAGCGAAAGAAGGCGGACAGUAGUGACUCAUCAAGCAGCAGCUCGAGUAGCUCGGAUAGUAGUUCCGAUGAAGGUGAUGGCGAUCAGAAGGAAGAUCAGGAUACCGGGAAGAGUAUCAGAGUGGCUAUGAGAAACAUGCAACAGGUCAAAUCCAUAAUGGACGAGGACAUGUCCAAGUGGUCCGUCCUCGAAAAACUAAUGGGCGACAUGAAAAAAACGGAAAAACCAGACGAAACCAUCAACCAAUGGAUGACGGUAGCGCAACCCGUGCCUGACAAAGAGAAAAACCUCCUCGAGAGCCUCAAAGACCGAAUGAAAGCGAAAAACGAUUUGGAAAAGGCAAGAAUAGCCGAACUCGAGCUGCGCCGUCGAGAGAAAGAGCGCGAAGAUCAGGAGCAGGAACGAAAACGGAGACAAGCGCGGGAAGAUUCCGAACGCGCCGAAAGAGAGCGAAAACGGAAAGAAGAAGAAAUGAAUAAGGUGUUGGACAAGGACAGAAGCCACAUUCGGUUCAGGCCUAGGGAUCAGCGGGAUCAGCACAGUCGUAGAAGGAGAUCGUCCAGUGGUGAACCAGAAAGGCGCGAAAGGAGUCAUCAUAGGGAUAGUAGGGAGAAAGAAAGAGAGCCUUCUCCGCAAUUUAGGCCACGUCGUGAUUACAAAGCGUCAAGCCCCGAAAAAGACUUUGAUGAUUCAAACAGCAAAAAGAAACCGCCCGGUCCGCCCAGCUACAAAAAACUACCGUUCAUAGGCCGUAUGCCGCUGUUCAAGAAAAAGCCUAACAAGACCGAAGAACGACGAGAAAUUUCAAAGGCCGAGUACGAGCCGGUGCGCAAAACCCGGUUCGAAACCGGCAUGUUGGCGCGCGCCUUCAUUCCGAGACCGGACGUUGUCUGUUUCCCCGUACUUUCGAGCAUUCCGCCGAUGAUGGCGCCACCCGAGCCCACCGCCGUGGAGCAAACGGUGGAGCCGGAAGUUGUCGAGGCGCCGCCUCCGCCGCCGCCCAAAGCGUCCAAACGGAAAGAAAAAGUCGUGACGCCACCGCCGCCGCCUCCACCAGAAAACAAUCAUAAUGAAUCCAUGAUGCACCAUCAAGUAAUGGAAUCGGACUACUACCAAAACAUGUACGAUACCAGUCAGUACGAUACAAACCAGUACGGUACCGUGAGCCAUUACGAGACGGCGGUACCGCACCCGCCCCUGGAACCGCCGCCGCUGCCCCCAGACGAUGAUUUGGCCAUGUUGGGCAUUUGCGCAGACGACAUGGCUGCUCAAACUUUUUAGUUUCUUUUUUCCCGUGUAUUAAUUUAGGCCACUAUUUUUAAUAAUAAUAUCAUAAUUUUUAAUUUGCUUUUGGAGGAGCCAUUAGAUUAUUAGUUGGUUAUUUUAAUUGAAUUGAUUUGUUUACUUUAAUUCCUUAUACAGAAAAUAAAAUGAUUAUUGUGUAA